UCUCCUCUCCCUCUCCCCUCCUCUCCCUCCCCUCCUCUCUCCCUCCUCCCUCUGAACAAACCUGCAGCUGCAUUGGAAUCUGACAGAGCAGGACGGGGGGGGGGACCGGCGCUUGCAGGCAGCAUGUUUAGAGGCACAACCUCCAGAGAAAAGAGGCUGAGAGACUCCAACAGACUGCAGGAGGAAGAACCGAGAGGAGGGAUGACGGAGCGACGCUAGAGAGGACGAGAGCCCGGACCAUGACCGCCUGCCUCUUCCUGCUGCUGUGUGGGCUGCUCGGGGGUCGGGUGGUGUCCAUCUGCCCCACCGUGUGCUCCUGCAGCCGGGGGCACCGCGCGGUGGACUGCUCCUCCCGAGGCCUGACCAAGCUGCCGCCCGGCCUGCAGCACAACAUCAACUUCCUCAACCUGUCUUUUAACAGCCUGCAGGGUCUGGAGAGCCAGCUCACCCACUACGCCCACCUGCGGACCCUGGACCUGUCCUACAACCGGCUGGAGACGCUGCCCCCCGCCCUGCCGCGCUCGCUGUGGGACAUCCGAGCGGCGGGGAACCACCUGCGCUCGCUGGACAAGAACGACACGGCCUACCACUGGAACCUGAAGGUCCUGGACCUGUCGGGCAACGAGCUGGAAAGGGUGGUCUUCAUCAACAACACGCUGCCGAGCCUCCGGACCCUCGACCUCAGCCACAACCGGUUCUGGACCGUGCCCACCAACAUGCCGCACAACCUGGAGCGCGCCGACCUGUCGCACAACUACCUCGCGCAGAUCCUGCCGGGCUCGUUGGACCGGCUGCUGAGGCUGGCUCAGUUCUACCUGCACGCCAACCGCUUCUCCUGGCUGCCGGAGGGGAUAUUUGAUAAGCUGGCAGCGCUGGAGGUGAUGACGCUCGGGGAUAACCCCUGGGCUUGCGAGGAAGAGGAGAACAUAACGAAGCUCCUGACAUGGGCGGGGCAAACCCGGGCCACCGUCUUAGGCUGCCCCUGUUACACGAAACCCAUCUGUGGGCAGCAAGCAGCUCCAGGGAGGGAGCGGCACUCUGCGCCGUUCACAGAGCCGCCGCUCUGGGUCGACGAAGGCCGCGCCGGUCCGUCGACCGGCUACCAGGCCAAAUGGGCCCUUUUCGAGACGGGGGAGUACGAGGACAGGAGAGGGGCGAAUGGAUCUGGGGACCACGUGGCGUUUGUCUGGACGUCUCCCACUAACUCGGACGGUUUCUCCCCACACACGAGCACAACGGCCCGGACGUCUUCCACGAAGAAACCCAGAGCGGCGACCUCCAGGAACAAAAGUCACGGACUCUUCACCGAGACUCGACAAGCUGUCAGUCUGACUAUUUUAGUCCUGACAGCGUUCAACACCUUCUGAACCACAUGUACUGGUCACAGAACGUACUAGAACAUGAACGUGUGACCAGGAAACUCCUUUCAUUUUCAUUUCUCUUUGUAAAAACCUGUUACUGCCUGUUGUCUCCAUCAUACAAGUGUACCUCCAUGUUUCAAUGUUCCCUCACAAUCCUGAAGUGUAUCAGACUAAACUAGCUCUGAAUAUCUGAAUACAUGGUUUGAAGAGGAA